AUGAGGCUGAGAAGCACAAUGAAACUCCGGAGUAGCCGCUCUUCCUGGAACUACAUAGCUUCCGGCCCCAACAAGACAAGGAGAAUUUCCUACGACAGUCCUCAGCGUUAUUUGUUAGACCAGUUUGUACCGGUACAGCUAGUGCGAAGUGUGCAGGACAUGACGUGUACGAUAAACAACACUGAGUCUGACACAGCACCCCCUUCCUCGUGUGCCUACUACAGCUGUGAUAACUGCCCACAAGCCUUCUGUUGUGAGGAGGAGUUUGCGCAACACACCCGCACCCACCACACACAGGCACCGCCCCCCGCAGAGGACAACAACCGGUCCAGUCGGAACACCACGCUGACUUGUCGCACGUGCAGUUACACCGCGCCAGACGCUAACAAGGCGACAGUGCACGAUAACCUCCACAGAGAUCAGAAGAGCGGGGAUAAAGUUUACAAGUGUAAAACCUGCAACUUCUUGUCUUGCUCCAAGAUGGGGGUCACGAUACACAAGCGACUUGAGCACGCCCCACUGAAGUACGAGUGUCCGAUGUGUAACUACUCGUCCUUCAACGCGCGCCACGUGACAGCCCACGUGGAUAAGGUGCACUGCAACCCUGCGAAGAGUCCUGGAGUUGUCUCUACUGCUCCGCUCAGCUUGAAACAGGUUUAA